GCACGGCUGUAAGACCAUGCUGCUGUGUGUGUGUGUGUGUACUUGCAUUUAAGUGUGAUUUUUAACUUCUCAGCUGGAAUAUUUGUAAUGUGAAAGAGCAUGAGGGCAGCUGCUAGCGUGUUCUCUGGAAAUGACCAUGAAAGCGUGUGAAUAUUAACAAGUCAGUCAUCCAUGCGAUGUUUUUGGUGGGGGAUGCUUGGCCCCUUGAGGCUUUAGUCGAAACAUGUAGUUUUAAAAAAAGAAGAAAAGAGAAAAAGAGGAAGGGAAUGUCCACAAUGGCACACAAAGUUCACGCAACACGUUCUUUUCACUUCAUUGUACAAUAUUGUAAGUAGGUACUUUUCAUGUGUGUGUGUGUGUGUGUGUGUUGUUUUUGUGGACUUUACACCAUUACCUGCUUUUUUCCACCCCCACAUGUGACUUCCACACUAAUGCAACUUUCUUCUUCUUCUUCUUACCAGAAGCCACAUGAGAUGCUGCUAAUUAGACUGAGAGAGAGUGAAAGAGAGAAAGUGAGAGAGGAGUUAGAUUAGAGAAAAGAGGGAAGACAGACUACUCAUUACUCAUUAAGUGGUCAUUCUUGUCAGCGCUGCUACUGACUCGCCCUCUCUCUCUCUCUCCCUCUCUCUCUCUCUCUCUCUGAGGCGGUCGCUGGUGGCCAUGGCUCAGGGCUCUGACAGCAAUGACACAAGCUACAGGUCGCCAUCACCUGGGGGGAGGCAGAGCUCCUCGGAUGACGUGAAGAAGGUGAUGCGGCGAGAGAAGAACCGGAUCGCCGCCCAGAAGAGCAGAAUGCGACAAACUCAGAAAGCCGACAGCCUCCACCUGGAGAGCGAGAACCUGGAGAAGGAGAAUGCAGCGCUGAGAAAGGAGGUGAAGCAGCUGACGGAGGAGGCCAAGUAUCUGUCGUCUGUGCUGAGCAGCCACGAGCCCCUGUGCACGGGCCUGACCCCCGCCACCCCUGCCGACCUCCUGUACCCGCCUCACCACCACGGCGCCUACCACCACCAGCACAUCGCCGUGCCACACUACCAGCACUGACCUGAGACAUACGCGAGGGAUUGUUUUGAGACGGAUUACAGCAGCAAGAUGGCGGCGCUCUUGAGAACUAUUUAGUAAGCGUCUGCUACGUACACCGAAACGUACACCUGCACAACCUAAUAGAAAACAUUCUGCCUUAAUAAAAGGUAAUAAUGCUCAGUUUUGUUUCACUUUGGUUGCUGUUUCUAAUGAUUCAAUAAUAGAAACAGCAUGACCGUGUAAGUCAUCCCAUUAGACUGUGCAGGUGUGCCUAAUUUUGUGACCUGUCGGUAUAGAUUUGUGAAGAGUUACCAGUCUUUGUUUACAUUGCGACAAAAAACAACCAGUUCUGUGGCAGGGGAUUCAUUUUGUAAAUUGCUUAUGCUCUUUAGUGUAAUGCUCACUUUUUAUUUGGACUUUUUUGUCACGUUUUUAGCUGUCUUGUGUUGUUUUGCUGUGUAACAAUUCAAAGCUCAGGAGAUUAUUUUUUUUUUAUUUUUGGACCGAUUUUUUUUUUGUUU